UUAAACUAACAGAGGCCAACAAAACCCCAUUUCAAUUUCACAACCCACCUUCUAUCGAAAAGCACACAAUCAAACAUGCCGAAGAAGCCUGAUUCACAGCCUGUUGCUUUUAUUGGCUACCUACAGGUGAUGCCUUCGAGCAAGGGAUUAUCUUCUUCACAGCCCAAUGAGUUUCAACAAGUUCAAAUCAAAGAUCGAUAUUCAUACAAACAUGCUUAUGGUGGAGGGUCAAGCAGCUUUACUGGGAGCUGCAAGGCUGGAAAGUUUGUGGACAAGAGCACUGGCGGCUUGGGUUACAAGCAAGAGGCAAAGUACACCUCCACUGCCAAACAUGUCGACAAGAAGCUAGGGUUUACCACUGAGUGCCAAACCCAGGUGAAGUACAAGAAGUCCGUUUACCCUAACAAGACCCAAGUGAAACAGUCUGCUUCUCCUACUCCUAAAAGAACCCAAGUGAAGUUCCAUAACUGUGCUUGUCCUAACAAGACUCAAGCGAAGGCCCAGAAGUCUGCUUCUCCUUACAAGAGUGUAACCAAGUCCUACAGCAAACGUAUUGACUAUUAUUAGAUUUUCAUGCUCACUGGGGGAUUUCUUGGUAUCAGUUAUUUUGAUAAGUGUCUUGAAAGUUUAUGUGUCUAAGCUUGUUCAUGUUUACUCGGAGUAAUCUCCUGCUAUAUCUGUCAGUGUGAAGUAUUUCUCUUUCUUAUGUGAUGAACUUAUAAGUUGUUAUUAUGUCUACCUUUUUAAGUAUAUAUUGAUGUGUGUUUCUUUUUCAUGAUCAAUCACUCCCUCUGUAGGAUAUCUGUCAUUUUUCAGCAGACAAACCAUUCUUUUGUU